AUGUACACUCCAACUCUAUCAAAAUUGUCACUCAGGUCUUGUUCCUCUAUAAUCAAGCCUUCCACUAGACUGUUUGCAACCUCCCUGGUGCGCAAUGGAAGUCUCACACCAAACGUCUUGCCAACAGACACGCCGGUGUUGAGUGAAAGACCUCUAUCCAACGUGAUGGAUUAUGCAAUUACUUCCCUUGAUAAAGCUAAAGAUUGGGCUAGAAAAUCCUCGUUUUGGCCAGCAACUUUUGGUUUGGCUUGUUGUGCCGUCGAAAUGAUGCAUGCUUCCACUCCAAGAUACGAUCAGGAUAGAUUGGGUAUUAUUUUCAGAGCAUCUCCAAGACAGUCCGAUAUCAUUAUUGUUGCAGGUACCGUCACCAACAAAAUGGCACCGGCUCUAAGAAUGGUUUAUGACCAAAUGGCAUACCCUAGAUGGGUCAUUUCUAUGGGAUCCUGUGCUAAUGGUGGUGGUUACUACCAUUACUCCUAUGCCGUUGUCAGAGGUGUCGAUAGGGUCAUACCGGUCGACAUCUACGUGCCAGGUUGUCCUCCAACUUGUGAGGCCCUAUUGUACGGUAUCUUCCAACUACAAAAGAAAAUGAUGGAUGAUACUACCGGUAGAAUGUGGUACAGAUCUUACUAA